GCGGAAAAGCCGGUAUUCGGCACAUAACUGUAACUGGGUUCACGAUGCAGUGAAAAGACUAACACAGCAGCAGUGAAGACCAUCUGGCCCAACUCUGCCCGCAGUACAGGCCCUCUUACACAGAUGUCCUGUCUGGAACUGGGGUAUCUGUGGAGGAGGGUCUUCAGGCACUAACUCUGAAGGAGAAGGAAAUCGGCGUGGUGGAGAUGGUAAUGGAAAUGGCGGCAGGGACCGGAGAGGCCCUUAGUGAGGCCGAAGAGCCCCAGGGAGCAAGCCCUGGCCCUAUCCUGGCGGAUAUCCUGAAGCGAAAAAAGGAAGAUUCCACACAUAAGAAAAAGAAGAAGAAGCCCAGAAGGGAGGCUGCGGUAUCGCAGGGGGUCCUCUCGUUGGCUGGGUCCCCUUCGGAAGAAGACCGAGAGCGAUCCUCCUCCCCAGAGAAGAUGGAUGUCUCCUAGUCGGCGGUCGUCAUAUGAAGGAGGACGGGCGACGUCAAACUCGGAGGCAUACCUCCCAGGGGGGAACUCUAGUGGGGCAGUGGGGUCAACCUCCUCUGGGGAGAGGGUUUUAGUGGACUAAAUUAAUAAAGUAAAAAUAAAGUAAAAAGAACUGCUUUGUUUAAUCAGUUUGAGUCCUGUCCCUUCAAAGUCUGUUUUUUGCAGGAAGUCCACCUCCAGGACCAGCGGGAUGUGACUCUUUUCUCUCACAAAUGGAGGAAAGGUGAAUCCUACUGGAGUGUAGGUGGCGUCCACUCUACAGACAUAGGGAUGCUUUUUGGGGACUGCACUUUUGAGAAGGAGCCGGUGAUCGCGAAGCAGCGGAGCCGUCGGAGCUGCGAGCGCGCGGACAAGCCCUCCGAGGAGCAGCGCGAGCGCGAUGGAGCUGAGGCAGCAGCGCAGAACGAAGCAGACGGCGCGUUUCAUCCACAAAGACUCAGCCGACCUGCUCCCGCUGGAUGGACUCAAGAAACUGGGCACCUCCAAGGAGAUGCAACCGCACAACAUUUUACAGCGGCGGCUGCUGGAGGCCAACCUUUCGAGGUGCAGGCUCAACAGUCGAGGUGUUAAAUCCUCGAAUAACAGCUCUGGGCAGAACAUUGGUCCCCACUUGAGUAAACAGGACAGUUUUUUCUUGCCAGAGGAAGAGGACUACAUAUUUGUAUUAUGCAAGUGUUCAGGAAGAGAGAUGAAAAUUUUGAUUGACACUGGCUGCAAACUGAACCUCAUGUCCACAGGAUGUGUUGAAAAGCUUGGAUUAAAGGAAAAGGUCAACAUGAACAAAACAGAGACAGACUCCAACUUUUUCCACACCCUCCAGAUUCAGGGGCAGAUUGAAAAAUUCCUGCUGGCAAUCGGACAAGUGAAGAUCGAGUGCACGAUGACUGUUGUGGAAAAUGAAAAGCCCUUUUUGUCCCUCGGGAACAGAACCUUGAAAUCUCUGAAGUGUGUGAUUGAUACAGAGAAGGAAAUUCUGGUCCUUGGCAGAACAGAGAGGGAACAAGUCCAGUUUGUUGAUUGUAAGAGUGGGUUACAGGACUAAAUCUGUCCCUGGUUCUGAGAAGUUCGGUAUCCUUACCUUUAUCGGUGACUGAUUUCAGAGGCUUGCAUUUGGAGAAAGUUCUAUCAGCCUGGUUGGAGAAUGGUAAACAUAGGUUGCAGUAAGCACUAAAGUGGAACUCUCAUAGGUUAAUUCCCCUGUCAGAUUCCCCUGGGAGUUCAGUUUUGCUAACAUUUCACCAUGGUUCUCACUGAUGCCAAAAUGUACUUUGUAUGAUGGUUUGAAAAAUGUACAGUUUAGAGCAGAGUUGUCAAACUCAGUCCAUGAUGGGUCAGUAUCUGCUUUGGUUUUUGCUUUAAUCACAUACUACGUUGUUAGUUUUACCCAUAAUAAUAAUAAUAAUAAUAAUAAUAAUAAUAAUAAUAAAGCAAGCAAGCAGAUUCUUCAUUCAUUUCCCCAAAGUGAUUUAAAAUGUGAAGUUUAAAAACUCAGUUAUGGCAAUUAUUGACCCAUUUACACUUCUGGAUGUUUUUUCUGGAACAUUUUUUGAUAAAUAUCUUACUCAAAAGAGUACUACAGUGGGAAUGGGGUUCAAACCUGGGUCUUUUGAUUUCAAGGCAGCAGCUCUAACCACUGACUACAUCAUCAAACUUCAUUAAUAAAUCAUGCAUAUGUAACUAAGUGAAUACAUGUGGCCCAAUAAUGGAUUUAUUUCAUGACUAAAGGCAGGUAAAUUGAUUGGAGCAAAAACCAGCAGAUACACAGGACUUCUAUGGACUGAGUUUGAUUACGGAUUACAAAUAAAAACAAACCAACAACCUUACUGUUAUAUUUAGCACAUACUGUUAUUUUUUUGAAUGUAGGGAAACAAGUGCAUUAUAUACCAGUGAUUAUAUACUGUUACUAGGACAUGUGUGAGUGUUAGGAAAUGCACUCCUAUGUAAGCAUUAAUGCUGCUGUUGUGGAUUCUGUGCUGUUUUAGAACACAACUCUUCUGUACUAGAUGCACUGUGUGGAGACUUCACUUCUCAGCAACCCAUCUUUUAGCCAGACUUACACAAGUAGCACUUUAUUUUUGGUUGGUUGUCAAGAGAAGAUUAUUUUGUGCAAGUAUUUUUAUGAUAUCAGAUGAAUGCAAUAAGCCAGACAAUAUGUUUUGAUGCACAUCAUUAAAUAAAUAUUAUCCAGAGACAUCCUCAAGUACCCUUCUUAGUAGUUUUGAUAUAGUAUAAUAUUUUCUUAGGUGUAGCAGUCUUAAGGUCUUGACACUUUGAACAUUGGUUAUUUUUAAACUAAAAAAAACUAUAGCCCACAUAAGUGUUACACCGUGCAUAUUUAAAUAAAGUCAGUGUGAAUCUAAUCAGUCGUUUGUUAUUGUGGAAUUGUGUUUUUAUUGCAGUACAAAACAGAUUUGAAUUACAAUACGUGAAUACGCAGAGCUAAGUGCUGAAUACAUUUGCAGAAUCAAGUCAGCUGUAUAUCAUGGAAAACACAAAGUUUAUGUGAACUGAAAUUAAA